ACUAAGCCGAAAAAGUAACCAGAGUACCUUAAGAACUAAGAACUAACGUGCACACGAAACACAGACAAUAUCAAAUAAGCAUUAGAUGAAAGGUGAUAGGAAAGGAAGUGCUGUAGAGCAGCAUUACUGGAAUGUACUGGCAGGACUUUCGGUGGUGGCAGAGCAGUAGUAAGUGGCAACACUGCUGGGGAGGGAAAGCGGCGUCCGUGUUUACCUGAAGGGGGUGAGAUCUCGCUUACCUGAGGAGAGAUAGAGAUUAAAAAAAAAAAAAAAAAGAGAGAGGAGAUCUCGCACCUCUCCUCUCCUGACAAGCGAGAGUAAGGAGGAGCACUAACCGGGCAUAGUGCUAAGCUACGUAGGUCACCAAGAUGCCCAAGAAUUGUGCCGCCGUGGGGUGCACCAACCAUAAUAUGAUGACCCACAAAAAGCUUUCCUUCUGUAUCUUCCCUAACAAGAAGAAGCAGCCGGAGCGGUGGAAGAAAUGGGUGCAGGCCCUCAACAGGGUCAACCACGACGGUUCUGACUGGCAGCCUGGAGGAAAAUACGUCUACCUCUGUUCUGAGCACUUCAUGACAGGAAAGCCAAGUCCUGAUCCUGACCACCCUGACUACCUUCCUACUGUGUUCAAGAACAGACCAGCAGAGUCAGCCACCAGUAGGAAGUUUCAGAGACCAGAAAGGCUCUUUACUGAAGGUAUAGCACACAAUGGUCCCUCAUCUUCCUCCACCUCCUCCUCAGAAGCAUUUCAAGUAUCACCCAGCAAGUUCUCAACUACUAAUACAAGCCUAAAGGACAAGAUAAUGUCAUCAGACCCCUCCCACCUGAUGCUCACAGACCCCCCAAGGAAAGUGUCAGGUUUUACUCAGACCCCGACACUAAUAAAUAAUAAUCACAAAUUUAGAAACAACAACAACAGGACUAUGAUGUAUGAUAUGGUGGACAGCCUAAAAGAUAAAGUGGAUAAAGUAGACUUAAAAAGGAAAAUUGAAGGUUUUGAAAGACAGCUUGCAGUGUCAAGAUAUGAAUCAAACAAAUGCAUGAGACCAGAUGAUGAUAACUGGAUCCAUUAUACUGGACUUGAUUCUAUAAUUUUCCAGACAUUUUGUGCUCUGAUCAUUGCUCAACUCUUCAGUGGUGAUAAGUGAAAGCUUUGAGUAUUGUCAGCCCUUCCCCAGUUAUCAUUAGUAUCACUUUCUUCCCUUCUUUCCCAGUAUUGCCUUGUGUGACAUGAACAUUGGAAACACUGAUAAGCAGAUGAUCUUUAUGAGUGACUGUUUUGUUAUCAGAUAUUUUCUGGGAAUGUCAUGCUUUUCUGGAACACACAUACACACCCACACUGCAUAAUGUAGUGGUUAACACUCUCAGCUCACAACCGAGGUCUGAGUUUGAGUCUCGGGUGCGGCGAGGCAAGUGGGUGAGCCUCUUAAUGUGUAGCCCCCAUUUACCUAGCAGCAAGUAGGUAAUGGGAUGUAACUUGAAGAAUUGUGGUCUUGCUUUCCCAGUGUGUGGAGUGUGGUGUAGUCUCAGUCCUACACAAAGAUCGGUCUAUGAGCUCUGUGCUCGCUUUGUAGUGGGGAAGGCUGACUAAGUGACCAGCAGGUGACUAUGAAUAGAAAAUACACACACACACACACACACACACACACACACACACACACACACACACACACAAACACACACACACACACACA